GGCGGGGCGAGCGCGGGACAAAGGGAAGCGGAGCCGGAGCUGCGGCCGCCUUCUCGGCCCGCGGUGUCUCAGAUUCAUUCUUAAGGAACUGAGAACUUAAUCUUCCAAAAUGUCAAAAAGACCAUCUUAUGCCCCACCUCCCACCCCAGCUCCUGCAACACAAAUGCCCAGCACACCAGGGUUUGUGGGAUACAAUCCAUACAGUCAUCUCGCCUACAACAACUACAGGCUGGGAGGGAACCCGGGCACCAACAGCCGGGUCACGGCAUCCUCUGGUAUUACAAUUCCAAAACCCCCAAAGCCACCAGAUAAGCCGCUGAUGCCCUACAUGAGGUACAGCAGAAAGGUCUGGGACCAAGUAAAAGCUUCCAACCCCGACCUAAAGUUGUGGGAGAUUGGCAAGAUUAUUGGUGGCAUGUGGCGAGAUCUCACUGAUGAAGAGAAACAAGAAUAUUUAAACGAAUACGAAGCAGAAAAGAUAGAGUACAAUGAAUCUAUGAAGGCCUAUCACAAUUCCCCUGCAUACCUUGCUUACAUCAAUGCAAAAAGCCGUGCAGAAGCUGCAUUAGAAGAAGAAAGUCGACAGAGACAGUCUCGCAUGGAGAAAGGGGAACCUUACAUGAGCAUUCAACCUGCUGAAGACCCAGAUGUUGUUUUACAGAGAAAACUAGAAGCUGAGCUUCUUCAAAUAGAGGAACGACACCAGGAAAAGAAGAGGAAGUUCCUGGAAAGCACAGACUCCUUUAAUAAUGAGCUGAAAAGGUUGUGUGGUCUGAAGGUAGAAGUGGAUAUGGAGAAGAUUGCAGCUGAAAUUGCCCAGGCAGAGGAGCAGGCCCGCAAACGGCAGGAGGAGAGGGAGAAGGAAGCAGCAGAGCAGGCUGAGCGUGGUCAGGGUGGUAUGCCUCCUGAGGAAGAGCCAGCGGCCAGCAAAGCCGAGGAGAAGAAGGAUGAUGAGAGCAUUCCAAUGGAGACAGAGGAGACACGCCUCGAAGAAACAACGGAGAGCCAACAGAAUGGUGAAGAAGGCACAUCCACUCCUGAGGACAAGGAGAGUGGGCAGGAGGGGGUGGACAGCAUGGCCGAGGAAGGAACCAGCGAUAGCAACACUGGCUCCGAGAGUAACAGUGCGACAGUGGAGGAGCCGCCCACAGAUCCCAUACCAGAGGACGAGAAGAAGGAAUAGAUGUUGCCUUGUUUUAUGUGUCCUAAAUACUUUUUUAAAUGAAAAAAAAUGUUUUUUGGUUUUAA